UCAUCGUCGUACUAAAAGGUCAAUAUGCUGAGUUUUUAGCCUGUCCACGUCCCUAAAAAUAAUCAUUCAAUCAGCUCAUUUCGUUUUGACACGGUCAGACAGACUUAAGUCGCUUCUGCAAGUCGCUUCUGGGUUUCACGUUUUUCGUUUAAUUUGGUGUGGGCUGGGCUUCGUUUGCAUCGUCUGUAGGCUUUUUUUUUCAUGUUUGCGUGAAGUCUGAAAAUGAGUAUGAAUGCGAAAAGAUCAAAGCGGAAGCAAAUGAUCCGAGGCAGAUUGUGCAUCGAACGAACAGAUUCUCAAUAGGCAAACGACAUAACGAAUCGAAAUUACACAAUGGAGAGAGAGAGAGAGAGAGAGAGAGAGAGAGAGAGAGAGAGAGUUACGAUCUGGAUUGAACGGAUAGGCAAUAAUCGACGACGGAGAUUUUUUUUUCUUUUCUGAAUAUUACGCGGUGAGAGAAGGCGAUGAUGCUUAUUCUUCUUCCUCGAAUCGAAAAUCACGGAUCACAGUGCUCUGUAGACAUUCCAUGGACACAGAGAGAGAGAGAGAUUACAGAAAACGCGAACGAAGGUGUGUCUCUGUCUUGCUCCGUUUUUCUUAAUUUUAUUGUUUUCUAAAUAUUUAUCUUUUUCAAUUGAAAAUCAUCCUCCGCCGUUCUCUUAGACACGAGCACCGUUUUGUUUUUCAUUUGGUGGAAAUCUAAAGUCAGUCGUUUUCUUCCCACAUGGUCGACCUGGCUUAACCCUCAUUUCUCGGAUUUGGAACGCAAAAAUUCAACACACAUUCUCUGUCUAAAACCUAAUACCUGUAAAACGACAAUCCUCCAUGGUCGUCCUCUCAUCCUAUCACCACUUCCCCUUCACCUCUUCAACGUAUUCAUUCAACAUAUUAAGCCUCAUAAAGCUCAAUAAUUAACUACAGAUAUCCUAGCGCCAUGAAUCGAUUUCUAUCCCACCACCUCCAAACUAUAUAUAUCCCUCAUCUAUUCUUCCCAUCCCUCUUCACCAGUCACGGAAAUCAAUCGAUCAGAGCUACCAAUGGCAACCAGAGGACGAAAUCAACCUGUGAUGCAACCAUGACCUUUUCUUCAGUGACGUUGUUGCUGGCUUGGCUGGAGCUUCUUCUUAUUAAUAAAUAAAUUUGAGUUCUUGGAACACAACAGGUUGAUGCACAUAUUUACCAGUGGAGAUGGGACACUAAGAUUGUGAUUUCAGAUGUUGAUGGAACUAUUACUAAAUCUGAUGUGUUAGGUCAGUUCAUGCCUUUGGUUGGAAGGGACUGGACACAGUCUGGUGUGGCCAGGCUUUUUUCAGCUAUAAAGGAGAAUGGAUAUCAGCUGCUGUUUCUGAGCGCUCCUGCCAUUGUUCAGGCAUAUCUAACAAGAAGUUUCUUAAAUAAUCUAAAGCAGGCCGGAAAAGCUCUACCAAACGGUCAUGUAGUCAUUUCACCAGACGGGUUGUUUCCAGCAUUGUACCGUGAAGUGAUAAGAAGAGCACCUCACGAAUUCAAGAACGCAUGUUUGGAGGAUAUCAAGAAGCUUUUCCCAGAGCACUAUAACCCGUUCUACGCUGGAUUUGGAAACAGAGACACUGAUGAGCUGAGUUACAGCAAACUCGGAAUCCCCAAAGGAAAGAUAUUCAUAAUCAACCCAAAGGGAGAGGUAGCAACAGGACAUCGAGUAGAUGUCAAGAAGUCUUACACAUCACUUCAUUACUCAUUUUAAUUGAUAGUUGUGAACUCCAUCUGAUUCAAAAAAAUGGUUUUGGGUGGCUCAAAACCAAGAGGUUUCUGCUAUGGUCAAUGCAUCUGAGGUGACUGACAGGUCAAGAUGCUAACCAUUCGUGAGAUCUUGCCUUAUUGAGAAGGAAAUGAAAUUAACAAAAACUAAUAAGUAUGUGUUUACUUUUUAUUAAUAUAUAUAUGCAAAUCACAACA